ACCUCAGACGUCUCAUGGUCCAUUGUCACCAUGUCCCUGCUGUGCCCGCUGCUGCUGGCUUUAGCCCUGGUGGCUGUCCCUGGUGCCCACGGCGCUUGUCCGGUGCCGGCAGACCUGAAGAAGUCAGAUGGGACGCGAACCUGCGCCAGGCUCUAUGAGAAGAGUGAUCCAUACUAUGACAACUGCUGCCAGGGGCCCGAGCUGUCUGUGGAGCCAGGUACCGACCUGCCCUAUCUGCCCUCGGGCUGGUCUAACACCGCAUCGUCCUUGGUAGUGGGCCAGCGCUGUGAGAUCACUGUGUGGUCUCUCUCCGGUAAGCGUGGCAAGACCCGCAAGUUCACCGCAGGCAGUUACCCUCGUCUGGAAGAGUACCGCAGAGGCAUCUUUGGGGACUGGUCCGAUUCCAUCUCUUCCCUCUACUGCAAGUGCUAUUGAUGCCUUGAGGGUCUGCCAUCUCUAAUUCUGCACAGUGCUAAGUCCUACCCAGCCUGUCCUUGGGGAUUGCUGCACCCCCAAGAGCCAGGAGGCGAGAUGGCCCCACGACCUGCUAUCAUAGCUUCCCUAUAA